AAUCAUGGCGCAAUUGUACCAAGUCUACCGACAUUGAUUUGAGCCUUCCAUCAUGAAGACAAAUACCGAACUUCCACUGCGUGUGCUAACACACAAUAUCCGCUAUGCAACCAGUUCCCCAUUCAAAGGUGAGCUGCCCUGGGAUGAUCGCAAGCAGCCUCUCUUAAAUGAACUGCUCUUCACUACGCGCAAUCAGGAUGCAUUCAUCUGCCUACAAGAAGUGCUCCAUAAUCAACUGGUAGAUGUUAUAUCCGGACUGAACCAACAUUCUUCUACUGUUCCCAAAAGCGCCUCUGAGACACAACAAUGGGAAUACAUCGGAGUCGGGCGAGACGACGGUCACGAAGCAGGAGAAUACUCGCCCAUCUUCUAUCAACCGUCUGUCUGGCAGCUCCGUCAUUGGGAAAAUGUCUGGUUGUCGGAAACGCCGAACAAACCUUCCAAGGGGUGGGAUGCGGCGUCUAUACGGAUUCUGACCAUCGCUGUCUUCACACAUAACAUGACUCGCCAUACCGUCCUUGCGAUGAAUACUCAUCUAGAUGACCAGGGAUCUCAGUCACGCUUCGAGGCUGCCAAAAUCAUCCUUCAGAAGAUCGAAGAGUACCGAAGCGGCGAAUUUGCGACCUCCAUCGCAGGGGUAUUCCUUGCAGGUGAUUUCAACAGUCAAGAGACGCAGGAGGCCUAUCAUGUCCUGACAGGCUCCGAAUCCUCCUUGGUCGACACGGCAAAGGUUGUGGAGCAAAGUCAGCACUACGGGGAUUAUUAUACAUGGACAGGGUUCGGGUAUGAGGGACAGGAUCCCACGCGCAUUGAUUAUAUCCUGAUGGGACCUGGGAAGAACGAACUUGGGUCCUGGAAGGUCAACGGAUACGGCGUGUUGGCCAACCGGUUCGAUUCUGGCGUGUAUCUGUCAGAUCACAGGGCCGUCGUCGCCGACGUCACCUUGUACGACUGAGCUGGAUCCGCUUGCCUUGCGCUUUCAAGGGCUGGAAACGGAAGUCACCGAGAAGUUCUGAGACCUGCAGGCACUGGACAUGGGUCCAAUGGUGAUAUCGUUCCGCGAUUAAGCUUUGCUCAUGCCAUGGACAUAAGCUUUCGUGUAUUCAGCCAGAACAUGUACUGCCCAUGGUCUGCAUGGGCAUCCAUGGACGGAUAGAUCGCGUCCAAGAUCCUGGAUUGAUGCUUGUGAUUCUCACAGUAAAUUUGGUGGAAGCGAAUUGAUACGGAG